GCUUUCUCUCCGUUAGUGUAUGCGUUUCUUCCUCAAUUCCUCCGAUGCCCCUUUCCAAUCUUCCACUAUUCUCUUCAAUCCGACGACAGACGGCGGCAUCUCCGGCAGAUCCUGUGAAGGUGACGCCCUCAUCUCGGUGUCUUCUACCGGAGAAGGGUUCUACAUCCAGCGCGAUAAGUUUCCUUCUGAUCUUCUCCAAUCCAGCGACGGCGGGGUGAGAUUCGACCUAGGGUUCUCACCGGAGUGGUUCUGCUCCAAUGGUUCCUUCCCUUCUCUUCCAAAUCGGUGUACUUCUGUGGACGUGGUUGUGAACGCCUCUCUUCAACAGUUGAGGAAGGCGUUGUCGGUGUUAUCUUCUUCUCCAGCUGGUUACUGGAGUUUCAUCUCCUCCAACGAGGUCCUUUCUUCCUUCCGUCCCUACCUCAGACGAACUCCCUGUCGACGUGGUUGCGAACGCAAGGAUACUUCAAUAGAGGAGGAAGCUGGCUUCAAUUCUUCCUCUCCGAAACUAAGUUGACCUUGCUGCUCUUCUUCUCCGACAAAAGCAUCCAUCUGAUCCCAAAUUCUAGCUGAUGCUUCACAGUUAACCUCAGUUCUUCCUCACUUCUGACAGAAAUUAAACAAGAUUGUUGUCUUCAUUUGAGCUGGAAUUGUGCUAUCUUCAAUCGUGCUGGAAUUUUGAGUUGGGUUGGUGAUACGAGUUGUUUCCUCUGUUUCGUCUAAGCUGUCAACUUUACGUGGUUCGUGCUGUUGGGAGCUGUAGAUCAAAGGUUCAGUCAUUGGUGUUGCCGUCCACCGGACUGGUGGUUCCAUCUCCGAGCCUCCAUGUGACGGGCAGGGGUAGUCAAUUGGUGUGAUCAUAGUUGAGUAAUUUGGAUAGUUUAGUUUACUUUCUUGAUUGAUUAUUUUAUGUUUCCAUGUGACGGGCAGGGGUAGUCAAUUGGUGUGAUCAUAGUUGAGUAAUUUGGAUAGUUUAGUUUACUUUCUUGAUUGAUUAUUUUAUGUUUAGUUGUUAGUUUACUUUUAUGUUGAUUUAUGUGAUUAUGUUCUUAUCAUAGUUAUGUUCUUAUACAUGAUAGAUUGUUUGUUAUUAUACUUUGUUAAUUUUAUUUAUGUA